ACAUGUUAUUUCAGACAACAGAUUCUGAUAUAUUUGUUGUCUUGUCUGACGUGGACAACAUGAAAAGACUUUUAAUUUUGUUUGUUGUUGUUUUCUUGUUGAAUUAUUCUCAUGGAAUUGACAAUUACAUGGGCACUGAAAUCCAAAAAUGCCUCAAUUGUCUUUGUCAUGCCCGAACUGGGUGUUUCAGCCGUUUCAACUGUGCGAGUUAUUCAAUUGAUUUUGAUUAUUGGAAAACAGCAGGAAGUCCCAAUGUUGAUGAAGAAGACGAUGAAGAAUUAGACGAUCAAAAAAUCUUCGCCAAAUGUAUCAAAAACGAAAACUGUAUUUUGGCCACACUUGACAAAUACGCCGAAAAUAUUGGACACAUUGAUUGUAAUUGCGACCAAAAAUUUGACUGUAAAGAUAGAUUUGCCAUUCAUUUAUACGGAGCACAAUGUACUAAUCCGAAAUUUACCAAAGCAUAUGUUAGAAGGUUCAACAAUUGUGCCAAAAAUUUGGGAGUUGCUACUAUGCUCGAAGAGGAGGGUUUUGUCGGUUGUGAACCCCCAGUUUUUUGAUUUAUUGACAUGUAUUUUUUUGAAAUAAACUUACAAAAAGUGUUCUUUAAA